CUGACAGUUCAGUUCACAUUCGAAUUUUUGACGUUCGGUCGAGUCCACGAGACGAUUGAGUUCAUUUGGUGACCCUGUAAUUUAUUCCUUAUCUUUCCAAGAGUUCCUCUCUUGCUUUAAAACUUUUCUUGAUGUUGGACAAGAUGAAUGAUAGCACAGUUCCCGUGCAGAUGAACGGCGAAUCCCUGGAAAACGGCACAGAUCACAACAUGAAGACAAAUUUGAUCAUCAACUACCUACCGCCUUCGAUGAGCGAGGGCGAACUCAAAAACUUAUUCGGUGAAUUCGGAACCGUGUCGAGUUGUAAACUCGUACGGGACAGAGUAUCUGGCAACAGCCUUGGUUACGCGUUCGUUAACUAUGAGGAACCUGAUCAGGCGGCUAAAGCGGUCAGGGAAUUAAAUCGGCUGCGAGUUCAGACCAAGAAUAUCAAAGUGAGUUAUGCUCGACCCUCAUCAGAGGACAUAAAAAAUGCCAAUCUGUACAUUAGUGGACUACCAAAGGCAAUGAACGAGGAACAGCUAGAGGCACUCUUUCAUAAAUAUGGCGAGAUUAUAACAUCAAAAGUUCUCAAAGAUGAAAACUCCGUGAGUCGUGGUGCUGGAUUCGUCCGGUUUGACAAGCGCUCUCAAGCGCAAGCUGCGAUCGACGCAUUGAAUGGCGCGCAGAUUCCGGGUGUAAGUCCCUCGGAAUCUUCUAAACUGACCGUGAAGUUUGCCAAUCCUCCGAGCAACAAGCCUCAGAUUCCGUUUGCCUUUCAGUCACCAAUCGGUCUUACUCCGCCGCAAAUUCGUGGAAAUGCAAGAUCACCGUUCAGCGCUAGCGGGGUAGGGCCUCUGUACCACCAAGGCGCGAAUUUUCGCUACUCGCCGCUCACGUUUCUUCAAAGCCCAAACAACAACACCUUUACUCCGAACGCUCUUGUCCCCGGCAGUUACUGUGUUUUCGUUUAUGGCUUGCCGUCAGACAAGGACGACGGAGGAACUACUAAAGUUGACCCAGAGAAGCUAUUGUACAAACUAUUCGCCAAAUACGGUGCAAUUACUGACGUGCGCGUGAAGAAAGGCCAGAAUUUUGGCUUCGUUAACAUGCAAAACUAUGAUGAUGCACAACAAGCGAUUGCCGGUCUGAACGGACACCGAAUCGCUGGACACGAGGAUAAACCUCCUCUUCAAGUAUCGUUUAAGACCCCGAACGUCAAGAAGCAAUAAAAAUGAGAGCACUUUGACAAACUUGAAUCAUUCGCCGAACAUUCACACAGCCAGAGUGCCAACAAAGAUGGCGAGUCAAACUAGUCUCGCCCUUCCUUCCGCCCCACGUCAAGCUUGCUAUCAAAGCUUUGAUUUUUUCCUUUUUCAUAUUUUGCCCCUAGUUUUUCGUUUGAUCUUUUAAUCAUAGCCUAGGUUAAGGGAAGCGAUAUUUGCCGUUUGGCAAGGAGCUUUCUUCCGUUAAAAAUAGUUGGAAAAUUUAGAUUUUACUUUGACUUUGUGUGUUAAUUAGAAAGGUAAAUAGAGUACGUCUAUAUGAGGUAUACUGGAAUUCUUAGAGAUCAACCAAAUUUUUGACCAAUUCUUGAUAAUAUUUUAGGCAGGAUCUUAAUUUAAGUGCACUGUUUGUUUGGUAAUUCGAGCUAUUUUCUCGUUAGAAACUUCUUAGUUUUUGUGAGACCAUGUUCGUAGGUGUUUUGACAGUUCGGCAUAAUAGCACCGGUCGUCGAUCUCUUUGGUUGAAUCCUUAUUUACUUUGCUGUAUUUUUGAUUUGUCGUUGCGAUCGCUCUUUCCGUUUUGGAUCGAGCAUUUCUACGAUCACUUCUGUUUUGUUUUCAUUAAAUUUUUCUUCUAUUUUUUCGUGUUGAUGAUUUUGUUUUAUUUUUGUUGUGUUGUCUCCAAUAUUUCUUCUCUGUUUGAUCUCAACGAUUUAUUCAUUUUGCCCUCUGAGUGCCAUUAUUCGAGUUAGCCGAGAAGAACUGAUAACUUUACUAAUUUCAUUUGUUCAAAAUUUUGUUGAUUGGGAAAAAUGCAGAAGAUAACAUUAUAGAAUUCGUGUGAGAAAAGGUCGUUGCUUUCGCUUAUGUGUCGAAAAUAUUAUUGUUAGAUUCCUUGGGGACUCGUAUUUAUUUAACUUUUUUCUCUUGCCAUUUUCCCUCUUUUCGUCUGUCUAUCAUGCACAAGAAAACUUUAAAUGUUUAGAACUUGCUAAAGUAAAUCCACUCAAACAUUUUUCUAGUUUACUCAAGUGUUACUGUAGCAAGCCAUUGGAGUUCAAUUUACUCUCAGUUUUAUAUUUAUUUUGCUCAGUUUUCUAAUUGAUGCUGUAGAAUUUGUAGAAGGAUGUGAAGGGAGUUAGGGUUUUCAUUUGAGUGGGCUAGCAAACAUUGGUCAAAGGAAGAAAUCGUCGAAAGCCUGGUUGGAAAGGAUCCAAGCAAAGGAAUAUGAACGAGGUAAUCAUCUCUUUAAAAAUUGAUGAACACUCUGCCACAAGGUUUAUCACUAAGAUCAUCAAAGAUUAAGAAUGCUAUGCAUGAUUACUUUAUUUUUUCAUGUUGAGAUUUCACGUUUUCUAAAUGUGAAAUUUUCCUGCAAGGCUAAUUGUUGUCGUUUUCUCUUAGUGGGUCAGAUCUUGAGCAGGAAAUCUUUUACUCCCAAACAGCUGCUUCCACAAAGUGGUUCAUUUCACCAAAUUGUAUACAGGUGUUAUGAACUGACUCAAAAAAAAGAAAAAAAAUUAAAAAUGAAAUUAAUCAUGAAUCAGUUUUGACAAGCUGGCAGUGGGCUGGGUGGGGAAAAUAUGUAAUGUGAUUGGCUGGAGAGAGUUCAUUUCAUUAAAAUUAAUCUGCUAUUGUAUGUGAAAUGCCUGCUAACAAAAUUGAUUUGGGGGAGAGAAAAUAAAUAUUUAAGUCAAUGUUUCUGUAAAUUUUCCACCCUGUAAGUAAAGCACAUUUUUACUGAAAAAAUCAUUAUGAAACAUUUCAUUUACCAUUUGUACAGAUUUCUUGUUGCACAAAAAGAAAUCCAUUAGUGGCUACCUAUGGAGUUUUUUUAUCAGAAAAAAAUACUCCAUUUAACUGGUUUUCUUUCUAAUAACCACCACAUAGUCAUGUCUAUUUUGCUUGUAACCACCUGAGCUGAUAGAAAGCAGAAAUAUUUGUGAGUGGUAGCUUGUAAAUCAACAACAGAUAUAGAAUGUGUACAUUUUUAUUUUUGCAGUAUUGCAGAAAGGUCAUAAAUUUUUUUUUUAUGAAAUGAUAAUGAAAGGGAUCACUGGCAAUUUUUAUAGAACUUCAGAUCCAUCAGAUCCAAUAAGAAAAUUCCACUUAAUUGGGGAGACAUUUCUACAUGAAAUUAAAUUUACAUGAUUGGUGACUUUUUUUUCCUUUGAUCAGUAUAUAUUAAGUAUAUCUUAAGACUUUGCUUCCAGAGAAAGGUUGUGGUGAGGUGAUGUUGAUCUUCAUUUUAUGCAUGAGUGUUUUCCCCAAAGCUUUGCAGUUCACAUUUCAUAUCCAUGUUACAAAUAGAUUUCUGUAUUUUAAGCAUGAUAAUUAUAUGCGUAAUACAAAUUGCCAAAGUUGAAUUAAUGCUCAAGUUUAAAUUUAAAAAUUUUACUGAAUGAAAUGCAAGUUGAAACCCAAUAACCAGGUCACCAUGGCUAUUAAAUAAUAUAUUUCUAAAACCUCUUUGCAAUUCCUUCAUCCAAAGCAAUUCACAGCUAUCUAUAAAGAUUCUUUUUUCUUUUUGUUACUGUUAGAUCAGUAGCUUCUGAGACUCUUUGGUGAAGGCAGUUGUUGGAAUGCAGGAUUUUGGAUUGUAAACAAUUUAUUGGCAGCUCAGGUAUAGGGAUUCACUGUUUGGUCUAGACUUCUUCCAAUCAAUAAAAUGGUUCCAGGAGAAGGAAAUGGACAUUGGGAACACAGCUGGUGUUUCAUUAAUUAGUGGGCUCAUAUCCCCUGAUUUGCAGAGUCAAUAAGUGCACCACAUCUACACAAAGCAAUAUAUGUAGUUUUCUGAAAAUAGCAAAUGCAUGUUUGAUGCAAUAUGUGAUAGUCAGGAUUAUUGUCAUGUUCCUCAGCAGGUUGUCUGAUAAAAAUAUAAAUGAAGAAAGAAAUGAUAAUUUUCAUUUAUAUUCAAAUCCUGUUUUAGUUAAGUUUUUCAUCACAUGUAUUUCUUUAGUGAGUGGAGGAUGUUUGGUCUCUGAAAAAAAGUACAAGCAUUUUGAAUUUAAUUGAUUCAGAUCAAAGGAAAAGUGUGUCUUUUAGGGAAAUUUGAAGGUAAUCAAAUAAUUCUGUACACCAUCUUAAAGUGGACAUGUUUGGGAACACAGACAGCAGUCUGUUAUCCUUAGAUAAGAUAAAUUAACUGAAUAUUCAUGGUUGUACGUUAUGAGAAAAAAAUUGCCUUCUCUUUUGUUAUUUUGUUGAACUUAAGCAGCACAUAGGUUUGGUUUAGCAACAGCAACAAUUUUGCUAUGAAACCCUUUAAAAUUAUCCAAAACCUUGUUACAAUGUUUGUAUUUUAAUCAAAGGAGAUUCAGCAGGUUAUUGUAAUGUAUUUCUGCAGAAAAUUUCCCCUCCCAGUAAUCCAUCUUACAAUUUUUGUUUUGAGCACAAGAAUGAACUCUUGCUGAGCAAUAUUUUAUAUAUAACCUAAACCUACUAACAAAUUACUGAGGCAUUUUCUAUGGCAGAAAAUUUCUUGGUCUUUCAUAAUGGAAUAUUUUCAAGGUUAGUUUUCAUUUUACCAAAGCAAACUAAAGCUUUAUAUUCAUGCUCUUACUAUUUUCUUAGGGGAGUCUACCAUAAUUGUAAAAAACAAACAUCUGCUUUAAAGGUGAAUGUAAAUUUCCUUUGCAUUGUAAUCAUACACUCAGAUAUAUUUUCAAGAGCAAAUAAAAAUAUAUAUAUAUAUAUAUAGAGUCUACGAUUCACAGGAAAAAUUGCUUUCUCUAUUUCCCUGCUGUCGGUAGAAGUGGAGCAAUUUCCUGGAGUAUGUUUUGAGUAUGAAAACUGUAUAGGCAGACAAAAUCAAAAGAGAAAUCAACUGUCUGCAGAUACAGGUUACUCUGUAUUUCUUCAAGCUAAUUGACCUUCUGUGAAAUUAUUGUUAUGAAAAUUUCAAUGUAAAAAUGUAAUUGCUUGUGGAAUAAUAAUGAUGGCACCUUAUGUGUGAAGCUUUUCACGAGUCCUUUGAAUUUAUCCUUGGGAUUAGUGCAUUAAAGAGACCACAGUAAAUUAAUUCCUAAGAUGUUCUUGCUUUGAAUAUUCAGUGUUAAAAUCUGUCUGCUAUAACUUACUUUCCUGUUCC